CUGAGAUCCUGGAGCGGCUCCGGGGCCACCGUCGUGUCAGGGAGGGGCCUGAGCGGUUGCAUCACCAGGUACCAGCCUUCUCCCUGGCAUUCAGUGCCUACCUCCAGGAAGAGCCUGUCCACACUGAGCAGCAUAACCUACCGCAGAUACACUACACAAACUGCCGAGAGCAAGGAGGAGGAGCCUGCGCCGCACACCAUCAUCUCCGAUACUGAGAACGUACAAGGUGUCGCCUCUAAGCAUGAGUUUCAAGCCGAAACCAAGAAGCUCCUGGAUAUUGUCGCCCGCUCUUUAUACUCUGAAAAGGAGGUAUUUAUCCGCGAAUUGAUCUCAAACGGUAGCGAUGCCCUGGAGAAGCUGCGUCACAAGCUCCUGUCCCAGGGGAGCGCCUUACCUGAGAUGGAGAUCCACCUGCAUACCGAUCCCGAGAAGGGCACGCUCACCAUCCAGGACACCGGAGUGGGAAUGACACAGGAGGAACUGAUCUCCAACCUGGGAACCAUCGCACGUUCUGGAUCCAAGGCAUUUCUUGAAGCCCUGCAGAACCAGACUGAUAGCUCCGGAAAGAUUAUAGGUCAAUUCGGUGUCGGCUUCUACUCCGCCUUCAUGGUCGCUGACAAAGUUGUUGUGUACUCUCAGGCCUCAGAGCCUGGAAGCCCUGGAUAUUGCUGGACAUCUGAUGGGUCUGGUGUCUUCGAAUUGGCAGAGGCGAGUGGGGUGAGGGCAGGGACAAAAGUAAUCAUCCAUCUUAAGGACGACUGUAAGGAGUUUGCCAGUGAGGACAGAGUGAGAGAGGUGGUGACGAAAUACAGCAACUUUGUCAGCUUCCCUGUGUACCUGAAUGGCAAGAGGAUUAAUACUCUUCAGGCUCUCUGGAUGAUGGAUCCCAAAGAGAUCGGAGACUGGCAGCAUGAGGAGUUCUACCGAUUUAUUGCCCAAGCUUAUGAUAAACCCCGCUACACGCUCCACUACAAGGCAGACGCUCCUCUGAAUAUUAGGAGCAUCUUCUAUGUGCCUGAGAUGAAACCUUCUAUGUUUGACGUAAGCCGGGAGCUGGGGUCCAGCGUGGCACUUUACAGCCGCAAAGUCCUUAUCCAGACCAAAGCCACGGACAUCCUGCCCAAGUGGCUGCGCUUCCUACGAGGGGUUGUGGACAGUGAGGAUAUCCCCCUGAAUCUUAGCCGAGAACUUCUACAGGAGAGUGCUCUGUUAAGGAAGCUAAGAGAUGUGCUGCAAAGACGACUCAUCAAAUUCUUCCUCGAUCAAAACAAGAAGGAUCCUGCGAAGUACAACAAGUUCUUUGAGGACUAUGGGCUUUUUAUCCGAGAAGGAAUUGUGACCACCCAAGAGCAGGAUGUUAAGGAGGACAUAGGCAAACUGCUGCGUUUUGAGUCUUCGGCCCUGCCUGCCGGAGAACAGACCAGCCUUUCAGAUUACUCCAGCCGCUUGCAAGCAGGAUCGCGCAACAUCUACUACUUGUGUGCACCCAACCGGCACCUCGCAGAACAUAGCCCUUACUACGAAGCCAUGAAACAGAAGCAGACAGAGGUGCUCUUCUGCUACGAGCAGUUCGAUGAGCUCACCCUGCUGCACCUACGGGAGUUUGACAAGAAGAAGCUCAUCUCGGUGGAGACGGAUAUUGUGGUCGACCAUUACAAGGAGGACAAAUUUGAGGACAGUCGUCAAGCUUCUGAUAAACUGUCGGAGAAGGAGUCUGAAGAUCUGCUAGCCUGGAUGAGGAAUGGCUUGGGGAGUCGAGUGACCAAUAUCAAGGUUACACCACGUCUAGACACCCACCCGGCCAUGAUCACUGUGUUAGAGAUGGGGGCCGCCAGACAUUUUCUGCGCACACAGCAGCUUGCUAAAACUAAUGAAGAACGAGCUCAGCUCCUACAGCCCACCCUGGAGAUCAAUACUGGGCAUCCGCUUAUAAAGAAGCUCGGACAAUUGAAGGACACAGACCAAGACCUGGCCAAACUACUUCUAGAUCAGAUCUAUGAGAAUGCAAUGAUCGCAGCCGGACUCAAUGAUGACCCCAGACCCAUGGUAGGACGUCUAAAUGAGCUGUUGACUAAAGCUCUGGAGAAGCAUUGAUCACGUCCAUCCUUUCUUCAUAAUCGUCCUUGUACAAGACCUGCUCCGGGUACUGCUGGAGCUCCAUCCUGGAUGCCACAAAGCAUUUUGGGAAUCUAGACAUGUAGCAUCAGUUUGACACGGCCAACAUGUUUCCUAUGGAAAGAGAGACUGAAUGGAUAUAGACUGGUUGCUUCUAUUUAUUGGACAAGCACUGCAAGUCAGCCCAAGGAUUCCCCAGAAUAUACAGUGUACGGUCACAGAUCAGCAGAACCUUUGUUGUAUAUGUUACAGAUAUAACUAAGAAAUAUUAAAGAGAUCACAAGUUUGUAGAAA